GUCAUCCGCGAGCCAUCGUCCCAUCGAGGCACGUUAGAGACGCAGGUUUCUGCCGACCAAACCGCGUACCGUGCGAGAGCUACUCGCCAGUGUGCUGUGUGUGGUGCACCUGUGAGUGUGCUGUGUUUGGUGUGAAGAUAUGCUUGCAGAUCUUUCGCUAUGGUCCAACGCUUGGGUUUCGCCGCCCGUUUAUGACGCAUUCGGUCGCCAUUUCCGCGAAGCCUGACGCACGUUCUAGCCAGCUAGCGGUUUCUGGAAGAAAGUUCUCGGAAAAGACAAACUAGUGAUACAAAUUGAAGCAUAAGAAAAACAUAUGCCAAGAAAGUGCUCCGCGCCAGUGAAUCAAGUGAUCCAUCUGAAACCAUCCACCAUCCGGCGGCUCCGAAGAUGUCUGCAAAGAUCACCACCGGAGGGGCAGCUACUGCCCCGGCCACUACCAACAUCAACAACAACAACAACGAUUCCCCGGAUGUACAAGUGACCGUUAAGGAUCUUCCGAUCUCGUUUAAGGUCAAGUAUCUUGGCAGUCAACCAGCGACCGGUUUGUGGGGUAUCAAGCAUACGAGGCUUCCAGUCGAUCAUCUAGUCAGCGUUGCCAAAAAUCUGCCCCCGAACCGGAUUCUUCCGUUCUGCAACCUAACGGUUUCGUUGGACGGGGUCAAAAUCGAGUCGAUCACCUCGAAGGUGACGCAGGUGUCGAACUUUACCAUCGACACAAUCUCAUACGGCGUGCAGGACCUCGUCUACACGCGCGUCUUUGCGAUGAUCGUUGUGAAGGAAAACUACAACCUGAAGGAGAAAAACCCGUUCGAUGUGCACGCGUUCGUGUGCGACAGCAGGGCGAUGGCACGGAAGCUGACCUUUGCGCUGGCCGCCUCCUUUCAGGACUACUCGAAGCGGGUCAAGGAUGCCGAAGAGAAGAACGCCGGCGGUGAUCCAGAGAAGACGAUACGGAAGAAGUUUGCCAUCGACCUGCGGACACCGGAGGAGAUGCAGCUGGACAUAACCGAGCAGGAAACGGAAGCGUGAUGCGUUGCGAAGCCGACGACAAUACGCACAUACACGCACACACACACACACACAAAACCGUGCACGGAACCAAACUGAGUGCAAAUCCUAGUCCUAAACCGUACGCUCCGCAAAGGAAGUGUCUAAAGUAGCGUCGCCACAGAGAGAUCCGCUCGUCAGGGAGAAAGUCCGAGACCGAGGGGGACCGUUGUUGCCUACGGAUAUCGAUACAGAUACCAAAUGCAGGGUUUUGUUUCUUCACUGCUUGUCGUUUCGUUUGCCACCUAAGAAAUUUAUUAUGUUUUAGAACUGCUUUUAUCCCUUUUAUACAGCUGAGCGAAAAAUGAAACGAAAUGAUGUUGUACAAACGAUCAGACGGGGACCCGUAGAUAAUAGUUUUAAACGAUAAGCAUAUUGGCUGGAGCAUAUCCAGCCUUCCGGCAGCGUUCCGAAGGUGAACUGUAUAGUAAUUUUAAUCCAAUAAACGUUUAUGAGUGCAAAUGUUAUAAGACCGACGACGUUCUAUGGAGAAGAGAAAACCUUCUAGAACAAUACCAUAUACCAUGUUGCCCCACCAAAUACUUCAAUCGAUCGUGAGUUACCAAGGAAGGCUUAACCAACCUCAAGAAGAUAAAAGACACUGAUGGAAGUUAUAAUGGACGAAACUGAUAAAAUUAUCCACACAGUGCAUUAGAUGAAGCGCAGUCCAAACGGUGGUUAAAUAAUAUAAUAACUGAUCAAGUAUUAACCAUCACAACGACAAUGUUGAGCAUUUUAAAUGAAUGAUUCAAAUGUAACGUUUUGGAAUAGCUUUUACUUGACACGCCAUUUUGCAGCUGGUUUCAUAAAUUGUUUCGUUUGGCUGAUAAACCAAUAUCGUCUGAACAUAAUCAAAUGUAAAUAUCUAUGAAUCAGUGUUGAUUUCUUUCUUAAAUACAAUACCAUUCAGUGAUGCUCCCCACAUAAGGACAAUUAUAACAUUAUUUUUGCUCCGUUUGGUUUAUCCAUUCUAGGUAACCUAGACCAAUAAAUUAUGUUUAUGUUGUUUUGUCGCUGA